GUGUUGGCAUUGAAUGAAUCAGCUGACUCUACGCUUCACUGCGGUAUGAUAUUCAUUGCUGCCUCCUGAUUCCAUAUCAUUCACAAUUGAGCAGUCGAGCAGAUUACUUCAGAAGAAAAUUUGUGAUCCGAAUUGUUCAUCAUGGCACAAUUGCCGUUAAGUGUUAAGAUUGUGGUGCUGGUGCUCCUUUUUUCAUCGUCGAAUGCAUCACCAAUUAAGCCUUUGUCUCCACCACAAGAAGAUUUGUCUAUUGGAAAAGCGAAAUUGGAAAAAACUUCAGUCGAUAGUGCCAAAGUGUUGCCUGUUAACAAUGUUAUCACCGACGCGAAUAAAUUGAAAGAUAAAAAACUGUUUGGUUUAGAUGAAUCGCCGCUCGUGAAAUUGAAGGGCUACAAAUUAAUUUCAAAGGAUGGCGGCAAAUCGAAUAUCAUGAAAAUUCUGUUCCCAAAGAAGCAACUCACUGAAAAGCUGUCAAGUAAUGUGAAUAAAGCGGAGAAAACAAUCGACGAACAAAUCAUAUCGACCAUUCAAAAUACUGAUGCUAAAGAUUUCGAUAAGAAUUUUGUUGAAGUUGAUGAUAUUUUGCUGGUACGCGAUCCAAUGGACAUUAAUUUGGGCGCAAAUAAUGAUGUUAGCGAAAACGAUUACGUGACAACAGAGAGUAGCGAUUCAAGUUACAUGGAUACAACCGAAAAGGCACUGAAAGAUAUGACUUUGGCCGAACGAUUGAAAAUUGCCGCAAAACGUCGCAUGCAACAGAAAAUGACGAAAUUAGAACUGACGCUACAUCGUGAGUUGUUCAAACGUGAAGAUGUGCCAAGUGAUAAAUCAAAAACCAACGAUGAGUCCACCGAUAAAGUAGAAUCAACGACCGAACAAGUGCUAGAAACAGUUGUUGAAAAACAAGACGAAGUCAGAGUAGCCAGUGAAACUGAAGCGCCGAAAUUAUCAGCGGAUAAUGGUGAACUCAUAUCGGCCACAUUGGGAAUAAGAAAAGAAGACAGUGAAGCAGUUACGGAAAGCGUUGCGGUUGAAAACCCACAAAAAAGCCAAUCAACAAGUAAGACGCCACAGAGAUCAGUGCCAAACGAAGGUGAAACUGUGUCAGCUACGUUUGAUGCAGAAAAAGAAGAUGCUCGAAAAGAGGGUGCGGCAACUGAAAUUGAGACUGAUUCUUCGAAGCAAGACCAAGUAGGCAGUGCACUCGACAAUGCAGAUAUUGAAGAUGCUGUUGUCGGAGCUGCCGUUCCAACAGCAACUGAACCUGCAAUCGAAACGGUACAAGAAGUUUCUACGGAAAAACUUAAGCCACUUGAUCCAGAGCAAGCCUUACAAGCAACCGUUGAGGACACUGAUGGUAAGUCAGCGAAUGAAGAAGAAGCAGUGCUUGGAUCUCCAUUAGAAUUGCCAAAUGAAGACGUUCAACCAGCGACCACCGAAAGUUUGAAGGAAUCAACCAUUGACAAACCAGACGAGAGUCAAGUGAAAAGUGAAACUGAUGCAUCAAAACCAGUGGAGAAUGAAGGUGAAACCGUUUCUGCUGUAUUGGUGCCUAAACAAGAGGACGUACACUCUGCGACGGAAAGAGUAAGGGAGACUGUUGCUGGAAGUCAAUCGACGAGCGAUGCACCACAGGAAGUUGAUGUUAAACCAGAGAAUGCAGAUGUUGUGCAGGCAACCAGUGACGUUGAAGGUGAUAUGCUUGGAUCAUCGUUACAAGUUCCAGGGGCUAAUAGCGAAUCGACAGCGACUGAACCAACGAAAGAUGCUGAAAAUGUAAGAGCAGGAGUGGUCGAUAGCAAAGAUGGAAAUCAACCUGCAGAGCUUUCGAAACCAGAGAAUAAUGAUGGUGAAGUAGUGUCUGCUAUAUUGGAGCCGACAAAGGAUGACGUUCAACCAUCAACCGAGAGUGCACAAGAAUCCGUCGCAGAAAAAACGGAUGAAAUCCCUUCGACCGACAGUGUGAAGGAUGACACCAAGCAAGAGGAAGCACAAAAAAUCGAUGGGUCUGAAACUACGAAAUCGGAAAAUACAGAUGUAACCGUUGGUGCAGCACAGCCUUCGAAUUCGGAUACUCUAAAGGUUUCGACGGGAACUGCAAAACCGAUUGACCCAGUGAAAGAAGAAGAAGUUUCGCAAGCACCAAGUGAACCGACAGAUAAUAAGACUGAAACUAAGGCAGAGGAACCAACAGUCGGUGCUUCGAGUCGUUCCAGCUCAUCGUCUUCAUCGAACAGCAGUUCGCGAAACAGCAAUCAAAGCUCAUCAAGCGAAACCGACGAAAACAACGAAUCGGAGAACUCAAACUCACGAUCUAAUCAGAAUAGAUCGUCUUCUUCCUCCUCGUCUUCUUCGCAAAGAGACCGACCAGAUGUUCUUGAUAGCGACACUAAUGCAUCGAAUUCCCGUAGCUCAUCGUCUUCUUCGUCGAGUCGUUCCAAUUCAUCUUCGAAUAACAGACAACAAAACAGCAAUUCGGGAAGGAGCAGUUCACGAAGCAGCAGUCAGAGCUCAUCGACAUCGGAAAAUGCACGCAACGAUAGUGAACCAUGUGAUGAUCAAAACGAGGCCGUAGAAAACAACGAAUCAGAAAACUCGAACUCACGAUCGAGUACCAGUGGAAAUAGAUCAUCCUCCUCUUCUUCGCAAAGAGACCGACCAAACGUUCUUGAUAGCGACACUGACGCAUCAAGAUCCAAUUUCCGAAGUUCCAAUUCUCAAAAUCAAUCGUCUUCUAGUGGGAACAGAUCGUCAUCCUCUUCGUCUUCACGUAGUGGAAGUUCUGCAUCAUCAAACAGCAAUUCAAACAAUAACUCGAAUAACGAUUCAGCGAAUAGCCGCAGUUCAUCGAGAUCAUCUUCAUCUUCAUCCAAUUCGAGAAUUGAUGAACUUCUCGCUAAAGUGCUUGCCAACCAAGAUACUCGCCAUCCCUUGCUUAGGCGAAUUCUUUUGGGCGCAAGCGAAAGAGCAGCCGAAAGUGUUCGCCAACGUGAUGGCGGGCGUCAGUCACCACAAUUACAAUUACCUCAGUUGCCGUUGUUCAAGCCAGGUCUAUUUGCAACGCCAUUGAUUUCAUUGUUCCAAUCGCAGGCUCCGUUGCGCCGCAAGAAGCAUGUAAUCAGAAAGCGUCAAGUAAAUGAAGGAGAGGAAGAAAUCCUGACACCAAAACCGUUUGAACCAUUUGAACCGCCAUGUACGACCAAACGACCCCGUUUAAUCGAACGCUAUCGGGCCAUGAGCAGCGGCGAGAAAGCGGAAAAAAUUAGUAAAGUACUCGAAAAAAUGAUGCACGUAGUUACGAUUGCUGGACAUGUCGAUGGAUACCUAACCAAUCGUGCAAAACAUAGUAUCAAAAAAUUACACAAACUUUUCGCCACCAGCGAAGAAACCAAUUAAUUGGUACAAUUAAAUGUUAUUUGUUAUUUUAUUUAUUUAUUCUAAUUUAAUAUUUAUUUUGUUGUGUUUGUUUUGGAAACAAUAAAAUUCUCAUUGAAAAAAAA